GUCAUUUGCGUAGCUUACCUCGUUUUGUAAAGUUCAAAUCGUGUUAAGUAAUCAUUCGGAAUAUUAAUAAAAUUAAGUGAAAUACUAACGAUUAAAUAGUUAUUUGUAAGAAUAAGGUGUUAGUAUACCUUGAUGUGUGGAAAGUGACCAUUUGAAAACGGAACGAAACGAAAACGAAAAAUAGUCUAGUCAAUUUUUUUUAUACAAUGAAAUAAUUAUUAGUUUAAGCUAUAGUGCUAUUUACUUAGCGUGGUACUUGUUUUUGUAAAUUUUUAUUUCGAUAAGUGAAGAUGCAGAUCCUCAAAGCGCGCCAUAUUUACCUGACGGCCAAUCAGUUUCAAGCAUGGAGCUGCGCGAGAGCACGAUAUGCGAGCUCGAACGCAAACAAACCGGUCGAGUAUAAACCCAUAAGGAGCGUUCUGGUAGCAAAUAGAGGAGAAAUCGCUAUCAGAGUGUUCCGAGCAUGCUCCGAACUCGGCAUACGGUCCGUCGCCAUCUACAGCGAGCAGGACAAGCUGCAGAUGCACAGACAAAAAGCCGACGAGUCAUACCUGGUUGGCAAAGGUCUGGCUCCCGUAGAAGCGUACCUCAGCAUCCCGGAAAUCAUCAGGGUAGCUAAAGAAAACAAUGUAGACGCUGUUCAUCCCGGUUAUGGACUGUUGUCAGAAAGGGCAGACUUCGCGCAAGCAAUCGUGGAUGCCGGCAUGCGGUUCAUCGGUCCGCAUCCAUCCGUCGUGCAGCGGAUGGGUGACAAAGUGGCCGCCAGGAAAGCUGCCAUUGAAGCUAAGGUCCCCAUCGUACCCGGCACGGACGGUCCUAUUACAACCAAAGAAGAGGCCGUGGACUUCUGCAAAAAACAUGGUCUUCCAGUUAUCUUCAAGGCGGCGUACGGCGGUGGUGGUCGCGGUAUGCGAGUAGUACGAGACAUGGCCGAAGUGGAAUCGGCCUUUGAGCGUGCUUCCUCCGAAGCGCUGGGCGCCUUUGGCAAUGGGUCCAUGUUUAUUGAACGCUUCAUCGAACGGCCCAGACAUAUUGAAGUGCAACUGCUUGGCGACAAGGCAGGCAAUGUGGUCCACUUGUAUGAGCGUGACUGCUCGGUGCAGCGGCGGCACCAGAAGGUCGUCGAGGUGGCCCCUGCGCCCGGGCUAGACCCAGAGGUUCGUAAAAAGAUGACAGACUGCGCUGUUCACCUGGCCAAGCAUGUGGGAUACGAAAACGCCGGUACGGUGGAGUUCCUCCUUGAUAGCAAGGGUAACUUCUACUUCAUCGAGGUCAACGCCAGGUUACAAGUAGAACACACAAUCACAGAAGAAGUAACAAGCAUCGAUUUAGUCCAGUCCCAGAUCAGAGUAGCCGAAGGCAUGACCCUGCCAGAACUGGGUCUGACCCAAGACAACAUCAAAACACAAGGAUUCGCUAUUCAAUGCAGAGUCACUACUGAAGACCCGGCCAACAACUUCCAACCUAGCACCGGAAGACUUGAAGUGUUCAGAUCUGGUGAAGGUAUGGGUAUCCGUCUCGAUUCUGCGGCCACCUAUGCUGGAGCCAUCGUGUCGCCUUAUUACGACUCGCUGCUAGUAAAAGUAAUUUCCCACGCCAACGACCUCCCAGCGUCGGCGGCUAAGAUGACGCGCGCCCUCAGAGAGUUCCGUAUCCGCGGCGUUAAGACCAACAUUCCUUUCUUGCUCAAUGUCGUCGGCAACCAGAAGUUCCUUUCCGGCGCCCUGGACACGUACUUCAUCGACGAACAUCCUCAGCUCUUCAUGUUCAAGGCUUCACAGAACCGUGCUCAGAAACUGCUCAAUUAUCUCGGACAGGUGCUUGUGAACGGCCCAGCUACACCAUUGGCCACCUCCAUCCCUCCUGCGGACAUCACACCAUACAUUCCCCCCGUUCCUCUCGACCUUUCUCCAGAGGCUGUCAAGAAAUACGAACUAACCGGAGAAAAUACAGCCAUCCAGCCUCCAAAAGGCUUCAAACAGAUCCUACAAGAAGGCGGUCCCGAGGCCUUCGCCAAGGCCGUCCGUCAACACAAGGGCCUCCUCCUCAUGGACACGUCAUUCAGAGACGCUCAUCAGUCCCUCUUGGCUACCAGAGUUCGGACACAUGAUCUUUUGGCUGCGUCUCCAUAUGUGGCACAUAACUUUAGUAAUCUAUACUCUAUGGAGAACUGGGGUGGUGCUACUUUUGAUGUCGCUCUUAGGUUCCUGCACGAAUGCCCAUGGGAGCGACUGGAAGAUAUGCGACGCCUCAUCCCCAACAUUCCGUUCCAAAUGCUGCUGCGCGGCGCCAACGCCGUCGGCUACACCAACUACCCCGACAACGUGGUCUACAAGUUUUGCGAGAUGUCGGUUAAAGCCGGCAUGGAUAUCUUCCGCGUAUUCGACUCCCUUAACUACCUCCCCAACUUAAUCCUCGGCAUGGACGCGGCAGGCAAAGCCGGCGGCGUCGUGGAAGCUGCCAUCUCAUACACGGGCGACGUGUCCGACCCUAACAAGAAGAAAUACGAUCUGAAGUACUAUUUGAACUUGGCCGAUGAGCUCGUGAAGGCCGGGACGCAUGUGCUGUGUAUUAAGGAUAUGGCGGGGUUGUUGAAACCCCAGGCGGCUAAGCUCCUGAUCUCGGCGAUCCGCGACAAGCACCCCGACGUGCCCAUCCACGUGCACACGCACGACACGUCGGGCGCCGGCGUGGCCGCCAUGCUGGCGUGCGCUCAGGCCGGAGCCGACGUGGUGGACGCGGCCGCCGACAGCAUGUCCGGCAUGACCAGCCAGCCCAGCAUGGGCGCGCUCGUGGCCUGCCUGCAGGGCACCGACCUGGACACCAAAAUCCCCCUCCAGAAGGUGUCGGAGUACUCGGCGUACUGGGAGCAGGCGCGCACGCUGUACGGGCCGUUCGAGUGCACGGCCACCAUGAAGUCCGGCAACGCGGACGUGUACCUCAACGAGAUCCCCGGCGGCCAGUACACCAACCUGCAGUUCCAGGCCUUCUCGCUGGGGCUCGGCAACCAGUUCGAGGAGGUCAAGAAGGCUUACAGAGAAGCGAACCUCCUCCUCGGUGACAUCAUCAAGGUCACCCCCUCAUCCAAGGUCGUUGGUGAUCUAGCCCAGUUCAUGGUGCAGAACAAACUCACCGCCAAAGACAUCGAAGCUAAAGCUGAGGAGCUGUCCUUCCCUAAGUCUGUUGUGGAGUUCCUGCAAGGAGCUAUUGGACAGCCGCAUGGAGGAUACCCUGAACCUUUAAGAUCUAAAGUACUUAAAGACAUGAAGAGAAUCGACGGCCGGCCCGGCGCUGAAAUGCCGCCACUAGACUUCGACAAGCUCAAGGCUGAGAUCCAAGAAAUCUACCCGCAGAUUACCGACUACGACGUGAUGUCGGCGGCCAUGUACCCGCAAGUCGCCAACGACUUCUUCCGCAUCCGCGAUAAAUACGGCCCCGUCAAACAUCUGGACACUAAGACCUUCCUCGUUGGACCUACGGUCGGCGACAGCAUCGAAGUGAAGAUCGAGCGCGGCAAGACGCUGGACAUCCGCACGCUGGCCGUGUCGGACGAGAUGACGGCGGCGGGCGAGCGCGAGGUGUUCUUCGAGCUCAACGGCCAGCUGCGCAGCGUCUUCAUCAAGGACGAGACGGCCAGCAAGGAAAUGAAGAUCCAUCCUAAAGCCAUCAAGGGUGACAAGAAUCAAGUUGGAGCCCCGAUGCCAGGCACCGUUUUAUCGGUGAAAGUAAAGGAAGGCGACAAAGUAGAAAAGGGCCAAGCCAUCGCCGUCCUGUCCGCCAUGAAGAUGGAGAUGAUCGUCCAGGCGCCCCAGGCCGGCACCAUACAGUCCGUACUCAUCACGAACGGACAGAAGCUCGAGGGCGACGAUCUCAUCGCGACCAUCGAGUGAACUACAUAAGGUGCAAUUUUGAAUGACUCGUUUCGUUUCUUUGAUAUUUUAUUGCAUAAAUGGGAGGCCUAGACAAAUCGUUUUUAAACGCCAUCGAAACUAAAAUGUAUAGAAAAAUUACCUGAGUUUUCAUCGCAUCUGUCAUCACGAUUUUUAAUUUUCGAUUUGCGUUUGUCGAUAAACGAUAUCUUGACUACGUUACGGCCCUUGAUGAAAAUUGCGGUAAAUUUAAACUUUUUCAGUGUUUUUUUAUAUCUAAAAAGUGAAGUGCGAUUUUAUAAAUCGAAUUUUAUGUAUAUUUGUGUAUAUAAAUAGUAUGUUUUUUAGUUUUAAAACGAAUACGGGACUUAAUCGCGUAAACUUACGUUUAUUAUAUGGCCUGACGUUUCGAACGUGACGUUACGCUCGUGGUCAGAGGCAGACUGGCGAGGAAUUGUAUUAACAUCUUGCUGCGCGCUUGUACGCUAGGGUUGUCACUUUGCCUACACACAACACUCACGACAUCCGAUGGUACAAGUGAAUAAUCAAGAUCAAGUGCGGGUAGUUCGCAAAACCCGCGCAGCAAGAUGUUGAUACAAUUCCUCGCCAGUCUGCCUCUGACCACGAGCGUAACGUCACGUUCGAAACGUCAGGCCAUAUAAUAAACGUAAGUUUACGCGAUUAAGUUCUGUAUUCGUUUUAAAACUAUGAACGAAAAUUGUGUUGGUUUAAACCAAUAUAUAGUAUGUUUUUUGUUGAGUUUUUUCUUUGUAUCGAAAUUUUCUUGUUAUAUUUACGAUGUUGUUUGUUAAAUGUGUUUUUAUAACUGAUAUUAAUAUCUUAGAAACGCAGCGACUCUAAGAGUGAUAGUUAUACGUACGUAUAUACGUUGUUUGAAUGUUACUUAAUUUUUAAUGAUCCCGACUUUAUUUAUUUUAUAUAUUUUAUUUGGCACAAGCAUAAAUGUUUGCAGCAUUUUAUACGAAGUUGUAUGAAGUUUUAAAUCUUUUUUUAUAUUAUGUAUUUUGCGAUUUUUUUUUAACUAUUUCCUUCUUUAUUCGAAUCAUUGUUAUUAAAGAUUUAUUUACUUAGUAAAAUGUUCGCGAAAUGAAAAAUAAGCAUUUUCAGCAUUUCCAAUUAAAUCGCAAAAUACUUGAGCUGAUGUGUUGUCGUAAUGUUUUCCAAAAUUGCGAAAUUUCUACAUGGAAAAUUCCUGUUUUUAUGAAAAUUGAAUAUUUCCUGUGAAAUUUCCUGAAGUUUCAGAGAACUUUCCCAACUUUUUGGAAACUUUCCGCAACUGGCAUAUUUGUAGGUACAGUCGACGUUAAAUAUAUUCUUACACUUUUGCAACUUACUCCUUUGUAAUAAGGCAAAAAAUGUAUACAUAUCUUUGACGUCGACUGUACUUGUAGCUAUAUAGAAACCUAAUAAUCCUUACCCUACCGCGGCAUGGCCCAGAAGGGUAAUGUUGAUCGAACUGUGAUAUCAUCCACUAAGUGGUGAAGUGACUUAAUAGCAUCACAGUACAAAAUUAAAAAAAAAAGCACUAGGCACCGGAACUGAUAUUGUUCGAAAUAAACCGGUUUCCACAAGUUACGUCUAUUUUUUUCUUUUGACGGAUAAACUCAGCAAAAACUAGUCUGCCAAAUAGCUCUACCGCAAAAACAAAUGAUUUUGGAAAUAAAAUUGAAGGAGCGCAGGUGCUCCCAUUUUAAAGGCCGGCAACGCACUUACAACCGUUCUAGUGUUGCGGGUGUCCAUGGGUGACGGUAAUCGCUUGCUAGGCGAUUCCACUGGCCGUCCGUCUCGCAUUAAUACAGUUAGAAAAAGACGGGUAGUCUAUCUCGUCGGCAUGCUACUGUCGCGCUCUUCCUGUGCUAGGCGUUUCUUUCUCUAACGUAUUUUUUAGUCGAAGAUUGCUCGACAUGUGUGAAUAUGCGUCGGUCUGCCAAUACGUUCUUAGUUUAAGCUUGUAAAGGAGCAAUCCGGUUAACCCAGGUUAGUGGGAUGGUGCAAGUGUGCAAGAUGAAUAUUCAUUAAUAUCAUUAACGAAAAGGUACUUAAAAGUUGUAUUUCUGUGUGCUUAAGUAUUAUUUUGUACAUAUGGCUCUACGUAAAACCAAUAUAUUUUUAUAUUGAUAUGAUUGCAAUUAGAGCCACAGAUUAUUUGUCAAUUUUUACUUGAUUGUUGUGAUAAAAACACUGAUGGGGUUCGACUAAAAACUACCGAGGGUAACGCGCGCGCUGCCUCGGCCGAGGCACCUCGCACGUCUACAUAAGCCGGUUGCCGCGCGAGAGAAUUUCCUCGCUGGGUGGAUCCGCCUAUUGGCCCGUUUUAAUGUCCGUGUCUCACGGAUUAAAAAAAAUCGUCUAUAUCGGUUUUCGGUCCUUGAGCAAUCGCCUGUUCAUAUUCAAUUUUAUAACCUACAUGGUGUAGUUCAGCGAUACUCAACCUGCGGCUCGCCAGGCUUUUCUAGUUGGCCCGCCUGAUCUUAGUAUAGAUGCUUGUUCCGAUCACCUAAGCAAAUACAUCUUGCGGCCCGGGGCUACAAGGCAAAACCGUCUCUGUAGGCUACAAAACACGGGUCAAAACCGUCUUUUGAGCUACAAAAAUCGGGAUAAAACCGUCUUUGUGGGCUACAAAAACCGGUUCAAAACCGUUUAUGUGGGCUACAAAAAUUGGGAAAAAACAGUCCUUGUGGGCUACAAAACCGGUCAAAACCGUGUUUGUGGGCUAUAAUAACUGGUACAAAAUCGUCUUUGUGCGCUAUAAAAACCCGUCAAACCCAUCUUUGUGGGCUAAAUAACGGGGAAAAAAACCUUCUUUGUGGGGUACAAAAACUGGGAGUAAGCCGUCUUUGUGGGCUACAAAAACCGGGGCAAACCCGUCUUUGUGGCUCUCAUAAAAAAAGGUUGAGUAUGGCUGGUAUAGUUCAUAUUCAAAUGGCUCCUAGUAGAGUUAGUCAUUCCAUACAACAGGGUUAAAUGAAAAAGUAUGGGCAUAUCACAAACUAAAAAGACUAUCUUAAGUUGUAAAUUAAAUUAAAACUGUUAGAUGUAAGAUGAUCUGUCUGUACUUGAAGCUAAGUUAAGUGUUUUUGUAUGUUGGUGCUAAUUUUGUUAUUAUUCUGUAAUAUUAUUGUUACUUUCAUUUUUACUUUUACUUUUAUGCAAUAUAUUGAUUUUAUCAUA